GCUGGUGUCCGCCGUGGCCUCGUCGCGUGUUGAAAAUGGCUGCAGCCGGCGACCCUGGCUGUGCUGAAAGCUACCGUUCUCCGCUGGCGGCCCGCUACGCCAGCCGCGAGAUGUGUUUCUUGUUCAGCGACAGGUACAAGUUCCAGACGUGGCGGCAGCUGUGGCUGUGGCUAGCGGAGGCCGAGCAGACGCUGGGUUUGCCUAUCACAGAUGAACAGAUCCAGGAGAUGAAGUCCAACCUGAGCAACAUUGACUUCCAGAUGGCGGCUGAAGAAGAGAAGCGCCUGCGGCAUGACGUGAUGGCUCACGUGCACACGUUUGGCCACUGCUGUCCGAAAGCCGCGGGCAUCAUUCAUCUCGGUGCUACCUCCUGCUACGUCGGUGACAAUACGGACCUGAUUAUUCUGAGAAAUGCAUUUGACCUGCUUUUGCCAAAGCUUGCUAGAGUGAUCUCGAGGCUUGCCGACUUUGCUAAGGAGCGUGCUGAUCUGCCCGCCUUAGGGUUCACACACUUUCAGCCUGCUCAGCUGACCACGGUUGGGAAACGCUGCUGCCUUUGGAUUCAAGAUCUCUGCAUGGAUCUCCAGAGCUUGAAGCGUGUCCGUGGUGAGCUGCGCUUCCGAGGAGUGAAGGGCACCACUGGCACGCAGGCCAGUUUCCUGCAGCUCUUCGAGGGGGAUCACCAGAAGGUGGAGCAGCUAGACAAGAUGGUAACAGAAAAGGCAGGGUUUAAAAGAGCGUUCAUCAUCACAGGACAGACCUACACACGGAAAGUGGACAUCGAAGUGCUCUCUGUGCUGGCCAGCUUAGGGGCGUCGGUGCACAAAAUUUGCACUGACAUACGCCUGCUGGCGAACCUGAAAGAGAUGGAGGAGCCUUUUGAGAAACAGCAGAUUGGCUCCAGUGCAAUGCCAUACAAGCGGAAUCCCAUGCGCUCUGAACGUUGCUGCAGCCUGGCUCGUCACCUGAUGGCCCUUACCAUGGACCCACUGCAGACAGCUUCUGUGCAGUGGUUUGAACGUACUCUGGAUGACAGUGCCAACCGACGGAUCUGUUUGGCUGAAGCAUUUCUCACUGCAGAUACUAUAUUAAAUACCCUACAGAACAUUUCUGAAGGAUUGGUGGUAUACCCCAAAGUAAUUGAACGGCGCAUUCGGCAAGAGCUUCCUUUCAUGGCCACAGAGAACAUCAUCAUGGCAAUGGUCAAAGCCGGGGGCAGCCGACAGGACUGUCAUGAGAAAAUUAGAGUGCUUUCCCAGCAGGCAGCUGCUGUGGUUAAGCAGGAAGGGGGUGACAAUGACCUUAUAGAGCGGAUCCGGGCAGAUGCCUACUUCAGCCCCAUUCACUCACAGUUGGAGCAUUUGUUGGACCCCUCUUCUUUCACUGGCCGAGCACCUCAGCAGGUCGACAGGUUCCUGGAAGAGGAAGUGUACCCCCUGCUGAAGCCUUACGCAGAUGAGCUGGUCGGGAGAGCAGAGCUGUGUCUGUAGAGCAGGAGGGAGUUAAGGAAAGCCGAUGAGCUUGCUGAUCAUAGUGUUAACAGCUAAUACUGCAUGUGGUGGUACACACUCAGGAGGCAGAGGCAGGCGGGGCUCUGAGUUCAAGGCCAGCCUGGUCUACAAAGUGAGUUCCAAGAUAGCCAAGGCUACACAGAGAAAUCCUGUCUUAAACAAACAAACAAAAAGAAUGUAUAAAAUUCUGUUGCUUGGGGCUCACAACAGACAGUCGCGCAUUCUUGUUUUCUCCAGUCUUGUUGAGACAGGGUCUCACUAUGUAUCACUGGCUGGCCUGCAACACAGAAAUCUUCCUCAGCUCCCCAAUGGCAGGAUUAAAUGUGUGCCCCACUA